AUGGAUUGUGGCGCAAACUGUCCGGUGACUGACAUUCGUGUAUAUCCGGGACUAACGAACCAAAGCAUUGCAAACCAUCCAUACUAUACGGUCAGUCAGUAUUUCAUUCAUCCCGAUUAUCCGCUCAAUCGUUGGGAUACCUAUGAUUUGGGACUAAUCCGACUCAACACUGAUAUUCCAUUGGACGGGACGUCCGGUUCGACGGGUAUUAAUGCCAUUUGUUUACCCGAAGAGAUGGCCACUAAUUGGGACGAAGAGUACGCUCUUAUGGUUGGGUUCGGUUACGACAACGAAAACGGGACGGGAUCUGGUGUUCACCGCUUGGGUUGGACUAAAAUCAUGAAAUCAGGAACCGAUCCAAACAAUACAUUGCAAAUAAAUUAUGUCAUGAGUUUCAAACGCAUACCAUUCCCGUCCGGAGCGUCCGUAUGCAAUGUUGAGAACUCAGGACAGCACUUUUAUUCCCGUCACCCGGACCCGUCGGGUACGGGUCCACCCGUAACCGUCAUCCGUCGACGGGUCUCCUCGUAA